AUGGCGAGGACACACAUGCCGACGGACGGGACCAGCGCAAAGCAGCGCAACACAACGCAGCACGACCAAAGAGGCGCUCGAAUCCGCGCCGACAUCGACUCCAUCAUGUCGGCCCUCUUCAACCUCCAUUCGCUCGUGCUUGUCCUCCUCCUCCUCACCUGCACUUCAGCAUACAUUCACCAGAUAUUCCCGAGAAUACUCGACUCCAACAAGGAUGGACCUUUAGGCAUCCUCUGGAAGUUUGCGAGGAUAGGCGAGCGGAUGAUCCUGGUCAGCCUCUGA